CGUCCCCUCCCUCCCUCCCCCAAGGCCAAGGACAGCGACGUCGUCCUCCCUCUCCUCCUCUUUGGUGCCUUCAGCCAGGAGGCGGGAGUGACCCGCAACAGCUGACCCGGCACAGGCACUGCCUCUCCCACAGCCCUCAGGACACACCAUGGGCCCAGAGGCGGGUUUGCAGCACAGCAGCGACGACGCAGGCGGCGGCCCCGGCGACGCUCAACUGCCUCCCUGACCACCGCGACCACCGCCCAACACCACGAGAAGUCGUCGCCACCAACGACAGGACAAUCUACGGACCCCCAAACCACCUUCGCGAUCGACUCAAGCUAAGUCAACAACUAUGGCGGGCGACGGGCGGCGGGCGGAGCCGGGGAGGGAAGCUUGGGGGAUGUACGUCACAGCCCGGGCCCCCCUACGGGAGGGAAGACGCCGGCUCGCCCCUCAAAAUGGCGGUGGCAGUGACGCGCCUGCGUACCGAACUCCUUCGCCGUCGCGCCACGGCCGGCGGGAAGUGAGGUUCUCAGAGGAGCCGCCAGAAGUGUACGGCGACUUCGAGCCCCGGGCGGCCGAAGAAAAGUCCCCGGCGAGAAGACGAGUCCCGCUAGAAGAGUUCCGGCCUGAUUCUGCAAAAGAGGAAGUGAGAGAAAGCGCCUACUACCUUCGGUCUCGGCAGCGGAGGCAGCCGGGACGCCAGGGAGCCGAGGAGAUGAACACGCGAAGGACUAUCCGCCAGCAGCAGCAGCAGUCACAGCAGCCCCUACUCCAGCCGUCUCCGGUUACCACCAGGAGAGGGUUACGGGACUCUCAUUCCUCCGAAGAGGAUGAACCAUCUUCACAAACUAUUUUGAGCCAGACAGUCCCAAAGAAAACUAUCCAGAGAACACCAGAAAUUCCAGUGGUGAGUGAAGAUCCUAUAAUCAGCCUGCGUAGACCCCCUCUAAGAAGUCCAAGAUCUGAUUCGGCAUACAAAACAAAUGGAAAUACUAAAAUGAGUGAAUUAGAAGCCACCAGUAUCCAACAGAAAGUCAAUUUUUCUGAAGGAGGAGAAACUGAACAGGACGAUCAAGACAGCUCUGACAGUGAUAUUACUACUGUUAAGGUCAGAUCCGGGGAUUCUCUUGAUUCUGGAGAUCAGACAACCAGAUCAUCAACUCAAUAUCCAGAAUCAUUUUGGCAGCCAUCACAAAGUCGAGACUUCAUAACUGUUGAUAAGCACCCUUCUGUGCUAAGCUCGGGAUAUCAAAAAAAACCUCAGGAAUGGUUUGAACAAGCUGCAAGAAUAAGGGCUAGGACACAAACAUCAUCACCAGGCAAGAGCUCAAUAUAUGGCAGUUUUUCAGAUGAUGACAGCAUUCAGAAAUCAGAGCUUGGAAACCAGUCUCCUUCAACCACUAGCCAACAAGUGACUGGACAACCCAAAAGUGCAUCUUAUAGCAAGAUGUGGUGGUGGCUACUGGUUCUGAUAGUUUCUUUGGCUCUUGGGAGUUACUUGUUCCCUCAUCGUCCUGAGGCGGACACCACUGCUGUUCAAGAGUUCCAGAACCAGAUGAAACAACUUAUGAAUAAGUAUCAAGGUCAAGAUGAGAAGCUGUGGAAAAGGAGCCUUACAUUCCUGGAGAAACAUCUGAACAGCUCCCAGCCCCGGCCUCAGCCUGCUAUCUUGCUGCUCACUGCAGCUCGGGAUGCAGAAGAAGCACUCAGAUGUCUGAGUGAACAAAUUGCCGAUGCCUACUCUUCUUUCCGGAGUGUCCGUGCCAUCCGGAUUGAUGGGGCAGGCAAAGCUACUCAGGACAGUGAUGUUGUCAAACAAGAGGUAGAUUGGGAACUGAGCAAUGGAUUCCAGAAUGGCCAGAAUGCUGCCGUGGUACACCGCUUUGAGUCACUGCCUGCAGGCUCCACUUUGAUCUUCUAUAAAUAUUGUGACCAUGAAAAUGCAGCCUUCAAAGAUGUAGCCUUAGUCCUGACUGUCUUGUUGGAGGAAGAGACACUGGGAACCAGUCUAGGCCUAAAGGAAAUUGAAGAAAAAGUGAGAGAUUUCCUCAAAGUCAAGUUCACCAGCUCUGACACACCCAACUCCUACAAACAUAUGGACCAGGACAAAUUGAGCGGGCUCUGGAGCCGUAUUUCUCACUUGGUCCUGCCUGUCCAACCUGAAAAUGCCCUGAAAAGUGGCAUCUGCUUAUAAGUGUGACAGAAGACAAAUCAUGUCUCAAGUUCUGAGAAUUUUUCAGACUUUCUAGCUAGAGAUGGGAUUCAGAGCUCUUUUUGAAGGAACUGGUUUCUUUUUAAAGGAAGUUAAAUUCUUAUGUAAACAUGGAACAUCUAAAUCAUUUAUUCAACCUAAUUAUCUGUUACCUGAGAGAAUCAUUUCUCUGUUUCCAUUGAGAUCUGUGUUAACGAUCUCUGAGGACUGUAAAUCAUAUGGGAUCCCAUAGAGGAUCUGUUUAGGUUCAGGGUUGA